AUGAUCGUACUGACGGCAUUGUCUGCCUACCUGGCUAUUGCGAGUGCUGGCUCUCCUCGACGACACCAUGGCGGAUACAAAGGCUCUGCUCAAGAUCAACUCACAGUCUCGACCUCGUCUGGUCAUGUCCAUGGAAAGAUCGACCCAGAGCUACCGAAUGUGCGACAGUUUCUGGGUGUCCCCUUUGCACAGCCACCAGUGAAAGACUUACGCUGGAGCGCACCGCAGCCUCUUUCACAACCGGAUGCGCACAUCGAGGCGACUGAAUUGCCUCCAAGUUGCAACCAGUUCCUUUCUAGUACACUCGGCUUUUCUACUGCCGAGAUCCUGGAGUUCAAUCUGCAAGGCUUGAACAAGACUGGCGCAACUUCCGAGGACUGCUUGACCGCCUCAGUUUGGGCGCCGGUCAAUCAGCAGCACGGAUAUGGUUCUCGAAAAGGCAAGAAGGGCGAAGAAGCACUGCCUGUGUUGAUUUACAUCUAUGGCGGCAGCUUCUCAACGGGCGGUCAAGACGUGCCCUACCAAAUCCCUGCACAAUGGGUCGACCGAACUCCAGAUCACAUAGUGGUAUCGUUCAAUUACAGGGUCAAUAUCUUCGGCUUCCCUGGGGCUGAGGGUCUGGACGAUCAGAAUGUCGGACUGUUAGACCAACGACUUGCUGUAGAAUGGGUCAGAGAGAACAUCGCAGCAUUUGGUGGCGAUCCUGAGCAGAUGAUUAUCUUCGGACAGAGUGCAGGAGCAGCUUCCGUCGACUACUACAACCAUGCAUACCCUGAGAAUCCUAUCGUCAAAGGUCUGAUUAUGGAGUCUGGAACCGCACUCAUUCCAAUCGGAGGUGAUCCGACCGGCAUGAGCUUCACUUAUGUCGCGACCCAGCUCGGUUACACAGGUUCUGCAAACGACUCUGCCGCUGUCCUCUCCUACAUGCGCAGCCUCCCAGCCGAUGAGAUCGAGAAUUUCGUCGCAAACCACUCCAACAGUGGUUCAUCACCGGGUCUAUCCUUUGGACCUACCCCAGACGAGAAGUCCGUCUUCGCCAACUACACCGAGCGAGCACUGGCGGGUCACCAAGCCAAGAUCCCAGCGAUCAUCGGUACAAAUGCACAAGAUGGUGUGACCUUGGCACCAUACAACCCCAACGGAACCAAUCUUACUAUUGCAGACGCAGCUUACCUGCGGACAUUUCUCUGUCCAGCCACGCAGACCAUUCACCUUCGCCAGGAGACUGGACGACUGACGUACAGCUACCGCUACGCUGGGAACUUCUCAAACAUUUCGCCGAAGCCAUGGAUCGGAGCAUAUCACUCGGCUGAACUGCCGCUGCUUUUUGGUACACACCCAAACUAUAGGGGAGAGAGCACGGAGCUGGAGUAUCAGACUAGUUGUGCCAUGCAGGAUGCGUGGGUAGCGUUUGCUAAGGAUCCUGAAAGUGGGCUGGAAGGUGAGAACUGGGACGUAUAUGAGAGGUUGGGUUCGCAGGAAGUGAGAGAAUUCGGUGCAGGUGUUGCAGCUCAAGAUGUUAGUGUUGCUCCACUUGAGUCUAUGUGUAAUGGCGCUGUUCCUGCUGAGGCAACAUGA